AUGGGCAGUUGGGAUCGGAGCGUGACCUCAGUUUUGGCCACGCAGGGCUCUGUCACCCCAGCCUUGUCCUUGUCCCCCAUCUCCCAUCCCUCCCCAGUCAAGGGGAUGUGGGGUUUGGAGUUGGGGGGCAUCUUUUUUCCUGGGGGGAAGCGGGGAGCUGGGCAGCCUCAUUGUUCUCUUUGUUAGCCAGAGCCAUGCUGUGAUGAGCGCGGUGACAUCAUGCUCUGCGCUUCCCAUUGGCCUGCGCUGCCUCCCAGCCAGCCCCGCUUCCCGGCCUCCCAACUUUCUGGGCACUCCUUACUGGUCCCACCAUCCCGGCUGCUGGGUCCCACCAGGAAUGUCAGCCCAGCUGGGACAGCCGAGCCCAGUCGGGAUAGCGAGGCGGCGUGGCAAAGUCAACCACGGUGCCAGAGGAACGGAACACAGUGCCGCACCCUGCUCAGGAAAAUCCUCCUUCUUCUUGCCUUGGAUGGGGACCUGGAGUUGGUGGCCUCUCCAGCAGACUCUGCAGACCCCUAGGAUUGGGUAGCUUGAAAGCAAGCCCUGAAAACAUAUCCAGGCUCCAAACUUUUUGGGCACUCUUUGUUGGUCUCACCAUCCCAUCUGAGGGGUCCCACUGGGAAGGUGAGCCCAGCCGGGGCAGCCGAGCGGCACGGCAAAGCCCGCUAAGGUGCCAGAGGAGCGGAACGUGGUGCUGCACCCUGUUCCGGAAAAUCCUCCUUCUCCUUGGCUUGGAUGGGGACCUGGAUUUGGUGGCCUUGCUGGCAGACUCUGCAGACCCCCGGGAUCGGGUAACUUGAAAGCAAGCCUGUAACCGGGUCCAGACUCCCAACUUUCCAGGCACUCUGUGUUGGUCCCACCACCCUGUCUGUGGGCUCCCACUGGGAAUGUGAGCCCAGCUGGGAUAGCCAGGUGGCACGGCAAAGCCCACUACGGUGCCAGAGGAGUGGAACGUGGUGCCGCACCCUGUUCCGGAAAAUCCUCCUUCUCCUUGGCUUGGAUGGAGACCUGGAUUUGGUGGCCUCUCCAGCAGCCUUUGCAGACCCCCGGGAUCGGGUAACUUGAAAGCAAACCUAUAACUGGGUCUGGUCUCCCAGCUUUCCAUGCACUCCUUGCCGAUCCCGGCUGCGGGGUCUCACCGGGCAGCUGUGCCGAAAUAGCCAGGUGGCACAGCAAAGCCCACUACGGUGCCAGAGGAGCGGAACGUGGUGCCACACCCUCCUCCAGAUAUUCCUCCUUCUCCCUGGGCUGGAUGGGGACCUGGAUUUGGUGGCCUCGCCAGCAGACUCUGCAGACCUCCGGGACCUGGCAACUUGAAAGCAAACCUGUAACUGGGUCCGGCUUCCGCUGGGAACCCCGUUGGCUCCGCGAGUGGAAGGAGGUUGGAGGAGCAGCUGCUUUUGUGCCGGUGAGCUGUCGGGUGGCACCUGGCAGCAGCCAGGGCUGCGUGUUUGGGCUGCGGUGCUGCACCUCUGGCACCCCAACGAGUGAAAUGUGGACCCGGGUACCUGCUCCAAACACCUCGUGCAGAGUUUAGGUCCUGAUUAAGCUUGUGGGGCUUCUGGAAUAGCGCUGCAAGAGAAAUGAUUGUAUCAGCUUGAGGAGGGGGUACUGGGGGGCACCGAGUCCAUGAGUGGGCUCCAAGGGAACCUGGGGCCAACCAUGGGCUGGAGCUGCUUGGUUCUUUCCAGCUUCCCUGGGGGGUUUCUGCCAUGUGUUUCCUAUCCCUUUUCUGGUCUCAACUUUUUUGCAGCUCCCAGCCUGCCUGGAUGCCGUGCCGUGCCCGAGUUGUGCUGUUGUUUUGGCUGUAAAAUCAAAGCCCUACGUGCCAAGACCAACACAUACAUCAAGACACCGGUCAGGGGCGAGGAGCCUGUUUUCAUCGUGACUGGGAGGAAGGAGGACGUGGAGAUGGCGAAAAGGGAGAUCCUUUCGGCUGCUGAGCACUUCUCCAUGAUUCGAGCAACACGUAAUAAAGUGAAUGGGCUGACGGGAGCGAUGCAGGGGCCCCCCAACCUGCCGGGACAGACCACCAUCCAGGUGAGGGUCCCGUACCGUGUCGUGGGGCUGGUGGUGGGGCCCAAGGGAGCCACCAUCAAGCGGAUUCAGCAGCAGACACACACCUACAUAGUGACACCCAGCCGGGACAAGGAGCCCGUCUUCGAGGUGACAGGCAUGCCCGAGAACGUGGACCGGGCUAGGGAGGAGAUCGAGGCGCACAUCACCAUGCGGACAGGCUCCUUCAUCGAUGUCAAUGCCGACAACGACUUCCAUUCCAACGGCACCGACGUCUGCCUCGACUUGCAGGGCAGCACGGCCAGCCUGUGGGCCAAAGCCCCCCACCCUGCCCGACGCCCUUCGGCCGCACUCCGCAACGACAGCCUCAGCUCCUUGGGCAGCACCUCCACCGAGUCCUACUACAGCGGGCGGGUGGCGGACGCCAGCCCCACCAGCCCCUACAGCACCAGCAGCGGCUUCACCUUCAGCGAGGCCCCAGCCCCGCUGGGCACGGAGGAGUGCGAUUUCGGCUUCGAUUUCUUGGCCCUCGACCUCACCACACCCACUACCACCACCAUCUGGUCGCCCUUUGAGCGCUCAGGCAACGCUUUGCAAGCCUUCAGCAGCUGCUCCUCCAUCAACGGCUCGCAGAGACGCAACAGCGGCACGGCUACGCCGCGCCACUCGCCCACCCUCCCGGAGAGCGGCGGCGUCACCCUGGACCACCCCUUAGCGCGCCGCAUCCAGAGCGACCCCGUCAACACCUUGUCCUGGCUGCCCACCCAAGGCUCGCUUUCUUCUUUCUCCAACAGCACCGGCUACUCAUCCUCUUCUUCCCUGCCCGGCAGCAUCUCCGCCGCCUCGGGUUCACCCACCGACUCCAGCAGCUCCGACGGGCACCGCAAGAGCUCCCGCGAGUGCAUGGUGUGUUUCGAGAGCGAGGUGAUCGCCGCUUUGGUCCCUUGCGGCCACAACCUCUUCUGCAUGGAAUGCGCCAUGCGCAUCUGCGGCAAAGCCGAACCCGAGUGUCCCGCUUGCCACACUCCCGCCACGCAAGCCAUCCACAUCUUCUCCUAGCUGGAUCCACCUCGCCAAGGUGGCCGACUCUUCCCUGUUCCACCCCUAAGACAGCUUUUUAAGGACUCGAAAACUCUUUAAAAUCAAUCUUUUUAUUUAAUAACGGAUCCGAUGGGCGCACGGGGUCGGGGAGGGAAGGAGGAGCUGCUGCUUGCUGGCACGGAGAGGGCGGGAGGGUGGCUGGA